AUGCUGCUAAGCAAGUCCGUCUACGUAGGCCUAAACUAUGGUUUAUAAGACCUGUCAUUAUACUGGUUUCACCAAGUCGAAUUCGUCUAGUUCACGCGCGUAGGUUCGAAAUUUCUCAUCUAAUAAAUGAUCAGCGUGAGCGCCAUGAUGCGCAUACGGUGACUGAUUCGACUCACGCGGUCCCGGUCAGUUCCGUGCAUUCAAUAUGGCUGGUCGAGGUAGUUACGACGAUUCAAGAGAUUAUUCCAGUGGUCACCGUAGCAGAAAACCGUUACCGACAGAACCUCCAUAUACUGCAUAUGUGGGAAAUUUGCCAAAUGGAAUUGUACAAGGUGAUGUCGACAAAAUCUUUGAGAAGCUUAAUGUCAAAGUCAUCAGAUUGGUUAAAGACAGAGAUACCGACAAAUUUAAAGGCUUCUGUUAUGUCGAGUUUGAAGACCUGGCUGACCUGGAAGCAGCAUUGGAAAUGGAUGGAGCGGUAGAAGUAGAUAAAUGCCUGAUUAAGAUUGAUGUAGCAGAAGGAAAGAGAAAUGAUCGAGGAGGUGGCUUCGACAGGAGAGGUCGUGGAGGCAGCGGUGGUGGAAGUGGAUUUAAAGGACGAGAUUCUGGUCGUAGUGGAUACGGCGAUGAUUUUGAUAGCAAAUCUACAUUUUCCAGAUACAGUGAUAGAGGCCCACAAGGAGGUAGUAGACCAAGUAAUGAUAGAUGGGAUUCUAGAAGUAAUAGAGGCAAUUAUGGCCAAUUCAAUGACGAGACAGGUGGAAAUCGUGAGUGGUCACGAAGUGCAUCUACCAGAACAUAUAGUAAUAAACCUCCAUUGCGUGCAACUGCUCCAGAUCGAAAACCCUUCCCUGAUGAAUCUUUUCAAAAAGAUGCUCCCCCUCCAGACACUUCUGGAAGGAAACGUUUGGAGCUGAAACCAAGAACUGUUAAAGAACCUGUGAAUGCAAUGGCCGAAUCGAGUAAAACCAGUUCCAUUUAUGGAGGUGCAAAACCUCGAGAAGAAAAAUUGGAAAAGUAAAACUAAUGAUAUCAUCAAUAAAAUCAGUCUCAAUUUCCCUAAGGAAAAAUUGGGUAAAGAAACAUUGUUGACAAAAUUUUAAAAUCAAUCCAAGAUUCCCUUAUAGUUUCCUAAAAAUCUAAUGGCGACUCUUCGUAUAUUACAAUCAAACUGCAAUGUCAUUUUUUUAAUUCUUACAAGGGGUCACCCGCAGGAAAGGUAUGCUAUAAAUAACGAUAAAUUUAUUGCAAUUCUUCUAAGUUCUGCGCGUUUUUUAAUCAAGAAUAAAUAUUUUUCUUCUAAUGUCUUUUGUAUUUAAAUUAACUUCGCGUGAUUCAAUGAAAAUAGGAUACAUGUAACUACAAUAUACAUGAAGAGAUAUGUAUGCACAAUGCAUGCUCCAAUAGUGAUAGCGAUUUAUAUACAUAAACGAUGAUUAUUAAGAUACUACACAGCUGAAUACAUUUUAAUACACGUGUCAAUUUAAUGUUGGGUUUUGUGUCUGUAAUAAUAUCGAGGGUAUGUGUACAAACUAUCACAAAUAUAGAUAAAUCACGGCAUGUAUAUUUUAUCUUACGCUAGUAUUUCUUAUCUGUACUUGAGACUAGCCUGCGCGCGCGCGUUUAAAGAAGUACAAAAGAAAGUAGCCAUCAUACACUGGUUUCAUUUCCUUCCAUAGAAUUUUUACGUUUCACUGUACGCUGAGAGAUCAUUGUAUGUAUCAAUCAUUAAAAGAUCAUACAUUCGUUAUAUAAUAGUAUAGAAUUGUUUAAUAAUACUAAUUAAUUUUUUUUCGACUCGAAUGAUGGAUUGUGAAAUAUAAUAUAUGCGAGUGGUUCAAUAAAUUUCUACAUGCUACUGGAAACGAUACAAAGGGAAUGCGCCGAUUUAUUAUUAUUAUAUAUUAAUAAUUAUGUAAUGAAUUAACUGUGCUAACAAUGACGUUGAAGAGGUGAAUUGCAAAACGUCGUAAAAAUAGCAAAUAAAACAAGAAUUUGAAAUAAUAAUAAAUAUUAUGUAAAACAAUGCUUGUAUAUGAUACUAUUUCCUGAAUAAAGUAGCUGUUUGCCUCGUA